AUGGACGGCAAAUUUUUCGAUCCCAAAGAUAACGACAAAGUCGUCGUCCGCGAACCACAAUGGAUGUACAUGGGCCCCAUCCUUGCGGCCCCCAUCGCCCAUAUAUGUGUGACACUGUAUCGAGAUGCCAAGACUCCCCGACAGAAACAACUACUCUUGGGAGUAGGAGUUGUGGGAACUACCAUUGCCACUUUUGGCAUGAGAUUAUAUCUCUUUAGCCAUGCGGGGUAUCCUGGUACCCACAAUGCGGGUGCUACCCAACGAGAACGGACCGUGACACUGGAAGAAAAGAAGGCACUCAUCGACGAUGCAUCCAUCUCCAAAAAGGCAAGGGAAACGAUGCGUGGAUUUGCAUAA